AUGUUACUACUUAUCGGAGAUGUUAAUGUUACAGAUGUGGAUGCUUGUUCUCACUGUGUUGAGCAAGAGAAUAGCAAUAGGACUAAGAAGGGUAGGAAUUCGAGGAGCAAGUUCAAAGGUGCUGCGAAGAAAUGGGAGGAGAAUCAACGGAGGUGGAAGUGUGAAUGGGAUAGGGAAAGGUUAGAGCUUGAUCGGAGGUUGAAGGAGCAAUUGAGUUUGAGUCGAUCUGGGUCUGGUGGAACGAGUUCUAUUAAUCAUGGGGAUGUGUUGGAGGCUCUGUCUCGGGCUCUGAGGAAGACUGAGGAGUCUUAUCUCGAUGUUGCUGAUAAGAUGGUGAUGGAGAAUCCGGAACUUGCUUUGAUGGGUUCGUGUGUUCUUGUGAUGUUGAUGAAGGGGGAGGAUGUUUAUGUGAUGAAUGUGGGGGAUAGUCGCGCCGUGUUGGCUCAGAAGGCUGAGCCUGAUUACUGGCUUGGGAAAAUCAGACAGGACUUGGAGAGGAUCAAUGAGGAGACAAUGAAUGAUCUUGAAUCUUGGGAUGUCGACACCUCCAACUUGGUUCCGAGUUUGAGUGCGAUUCAGCUCACUAAGGAUCAUAGUACCAGUGUUGAGGAAGAAGUCCAGAGAAUCAAAAAGGAGCAUCCGGAUGAUCCUUGUGCUGUAGUAAAUGACCGUGUAAAGGGUUCUCUCAAGGUUACUCGAGCAUUUGGUGCUGGAUUUCUCAAACAGCCCAAGUGGAACAACGCGCUUCUGGAGAUGUUUAGAAUAGACUACGUAGGAAACUCUCCUUACAUAAGCUGUCUACCAUAUCUAAAAUUUAUUUCAAAUUGGCAGCAUUGCAAUCCCAGUUCAACCAAUCGUGUUGCCACAGUGGAAUGCCACUCUCCAGCUGAAGAAUCCAAAAUUGAGGACAAUUUUCCACUUGAAACUGCUCUGCGUACUUCACCAGCUAAUCCAAAUGGAGUCCUACCAGUGAGGAGUUGCAAUAUGAUGAUUCCAAAAGAGUAUAUGUCAGAUUUAGGUGUUAGUACACCAGUUCUGUGA